CAAAAAAUUGAAUGCUCUCUCUUUCUCUAUAUAUAUAUAUAUAUUGGGUAUUGCAUGAAAAACCUCAUAUCGCAUCUUGAAAAAGAAUGGAGAAUGGAGGUGGGGCCGUGCCUGUUGAGAAUCCCAAACUCAGUGCCACCAUUCCCACCUUCUUCAAAAACAAUUACCCACCAGAUUUUCUCAAAAAGGUAAUUGCGGAAAUAAUAGCGACAUACCUAUUGGUGUUUGUGACAUGUGGUGCAGCAGCUGUUAGUGGUAGCGAUGAACACAAGGUUUCAAGGCUCGGAGCUUCCGUCGCUGGUGGCCUCAUCGUCACCGUCAUGAUCUACGCCGUCGGUCACAUCUCCGGCGCCCACAUGAACCCCGCCGUCACCCUCGCCUUCGCCGCCGUCCGACAUUUUCCAUGGAAUCAGGUACCAUUUUAUGCAGCGGCACAAGUGACGGGAGCUACAUGUGGUGGAUUCACUCUACGUGUUUUAUUACAACCUAUAAAACACGUGGGCACAACUUCUCCUUCUGGAACAGACAUUCAAGCCUUAGUCAUGGAAAUUGUCGUCACAUUUUCCAUGAUGUUCGUAACCUCUGCCGUUGCCACUGAUACCAAAGCUGUUGGGGAGCUUGCAGGGAUCGCGGUCGGGUCUGCAGUGUGCAUCACUUCGAUCUUGGCCGGGCCGAUAUCGGGAGGAUCGAUGAACCCAGCACGGACGAUCGGGCCUGCACUAGCUAGCAACUACUUCAAAGGCAUUUGGGUGUAUUUACUAGGCCCAGUUUGUGGGACAUUAGGGGGAGCCUGGGCCUAUAGUUUUAUACGUGUUUCGGACAAGCCCGCCGGAGAACUAACACCGGCACCGUCGUUCAAGCUCCGACGUAUGAGGAGCAUCAAUGACAACGCAGCAUCAAACCAAAAUCUCAACCAUGUUUGAUGGUUUGCCAUGUGUUGUAACAUUACAAUAGUAGCGUUCCUUCAACAAAUGAGAACUCCAGUAUACAUAAAUGCAAACAAGAAAGUUUUUACUUCACAAAAA